CACGUUUUAUCUCAAGUUUGGAUGAGAAGUCAGCAUGCAUCCUGCUUACACACUGUAUAUCGGGCUUGAAGCUCGUGUGACUGAGUGGAAGAACGAUGUGUAUGCGACUUUUAGCAGACGAUUCAGUGCACCUACUGAUGCACAGUAUCAGGUUGAUGAGAAGAAGCCGAUGAUCACGGAGAGGCAAGUUGAAGAAGGGAGAUCGGAGAAGGAAUUGCUGGAACAGAAAUAUGCCAGUCAGUCAUGAUCAGUCAACAUAUGGCUCGGGAGCGAUGAGAUCGAAUUGUCAAGUUGUUUAUUCUGUCUUGCUUGUUAUCAACCAAUCCCUCACAUUGAAGCUUUUAUACAUCCAUCUUCAACUCCUAUCUCUACUCUUGAACCACCACCUUUUAUUCUCCUUUAAACAAAACAAAAUCAAGG